UAGUUUGUUUGUUGUGUCGGAGCGAUCAACAGACCCUAUAUCAUUCAUAUCUCUUCCUUCCCCAUUUUGGAUCCGAUCUAUCACCGACGGUUGACUCUGGUCUCCGGCAACCGAGACCUUCAAUUCCGUUCUUCAACUACCCAUUUUUGCGUCUUUCUUUCGUAAUUAAGACUCUCACUUUGUUCACAUUUCAUCCUCUUCGCUCGAGAUCUGAACUCAGCAAAUUACAGCAACCUCAUUGCUACAGAAUCUUUGCAGUUUUGAGACCGACAGAGGGAAACAGAUUCACAACUACUGUUCCCAAUUCUUGCAAACAUUCCAAUUUUAAGAAGACAAAAUUAGUACUUUUCAUGUUUAGGUUUAACAUGCUUUCUGGAACCGAUUUCAGUUACCUUGGUUGGUUUUAGACUUUCAGUGUUCGGCUUAAUCAUUCUCAACUCAGUUUGUUUAUUAGGUUUGGUCCACAUGGGGGUAAAGCGGACAGUAUUGGUUUAGCACGAGGGACCAGAUGUCGUCAACCGGUGUAUGUAUCUAAUAGUUGAUGUCACUACUCUUUCACAUUUAUUUCAUAAGAACAUGAAAAGCUUUCGUCUUGUAAGUUCUAUCAUGUUUCUUGAAGAUGAGAAAUAAGUAUAUGUACUUAUUUUCGGAUGGCAUAUUACUUGCCUUAGAAGUUUAUAAACCUCUGCAAACAUGGUGUUUAGCGGAAUCAAGGAAGCUUUUUCCUCUAUCGCAAGUCGUUUUUCAUCUCCAAAAUUGUUUUCCAGUCCAUACGCGUCAUCUGAACUGCCACCACUGAGUGGUUCAACUCGAGGUUUCGGUUUUUCUGGCUCUAAAUACAAGAACAGUUUAAGACUCUCGUCAUCACUCCAAGAUUUUUCAAAGUAUAAUCAGCUUGAUCCGGAAGAAGGAAAUCUUAAUCCUCAGUUAUCAAGAGAAAAUGGCGGUUCGACUUUCGCAAAGGAUCGAUCACCACCACGUGCUACUGUAAAACGAAAGUGGGUUCGACCAGCAACGGUUCUCCUCUGCGUGCUGUUGCUUACUUGUAUUGUCUAUGGAUUCCUGCAUUUAUACUCCAAUUGGUCUCAACAAUCGACCCGAUUCUUCGUUGUACUCGAUUGCGGUAGCACUGGAACACGGGUUUUUGUAUAUCAAGCAUCCGUUAACCACCGAAAAGACGGGAAUCUUCCGAUUUUAUUGAAAUCACUACCUGAAGAUCCAACAAUUAGACCUAGUUCGCAAAGCGGGCGGGCUUAUAACCGUAAGGAGACCGAGCCCGGGUUCGACAAGCUGGUACGUAAUGUAACCGGCUUGACCCAAGCCAUAAACCCGCUCCUCGGCUGGGCUGAAAAACAAAUCCCUAAACACGCACAUAAGACCACCUCGUUGUUUCUUUACGCGACAGCUGGCGUCCGACGGUUACCUACUGCUGACUCAGACUGGAUAUUAAACAACGCGUGGUCGAUUAUGAAAAAGUCAUCGUUUGUGUGUAAACGAGAGUGGGUUAAGAUUAUUAGUGGCACCGAGGAAGCUUAUUAUGGAUGGAUUGCUUUAAAUUAUCAUACGCGUAUGCUCGGGGCUAACCCGAAAAAACAAACAUAUGGCGCGCUUGAUCUCGGUGGUUCAUCGUUACAGGUCACAUUUGAGAGCCAUGAUCGUGCCAACAAUGAGACUAGCUUGGACCUAAACAUCGGACCCGUUAACCAUCAUCUAAGCGGCUAUUCUCUCGCAGGUUAUGGUCUUAACGACGCUUUCGAUAAAUCAGUCGUUUAUUUAUUAAAAACAAGUCGUGACGUUACUAAAACCGAUAUAACCGAAGGAAAAGCUGUCGUAAAACAUCCAUGUUUACAGACGGGUUACAACGAGAACUAUGUCUGCCCCAUGUGUCAGUCUGUUUUUCAAGACGUUAAAAGCCCGAAACGUGGGAUUCCGGUUCGGUUAACCGGUGCACCGAACUGGGACGAAUGCAGUAAACUAGCAAGAAUCAGUGUCAACUCAUCAGAAUGGUCAGAUAAAAGUAAACCAAUCGAUUGUGGUUUAAACCCGUGUGCUCUUCAAGACAACUUACCUCGUCCACGUGGACAGUUUUACGCCAUGUCAGGCUUUUUUGUCGUUUACCGGUUUUUCAACUUGAGUGGUGAUGCGCCACUUGACGAGGUUUUACGAAAGGGUCGGGAAUUUUGUGAAAAAACAUGGGAUGUGGCCAAGGUUAGUGUGCCAGCUCAGCCUUUUAUAGAACAGUAUUGUUUUAGAGCACCAUAUGUUGUGUUGUUGUUGAGAGAAGGGUUGCAUAUAAAAGACAGUCAAGUGAACAUUGGUUCUGGAGGGAUUACGUGGACAACCGGGGUUGCGUUGUUGGAGGGUGGGAAAGUAAUUUCAUCCAAAGUGGGGGGUUAUAGUUAUAAAUUGUUUCAGAUUGAGAUACACCCUUUUAUUCUUUCUGCCAUUUUGGUAGUUUCUUUGGGCUUAUUAGUGUGUGCGUUAGCGCGUGUUGGUAGGUGUUUCCCACGCGUGUUUCGUAGGCACAGAAUUGCUUCAGGGACGCCAAGUCCUUUUAGUCGAAGCUGGAGUCCUAUCAUUUCAGGGGAGGGAAGAAUGAAGAUGCCACUGAGUCCGGUGGCACGUACACAAAAGAGGCCAUUUGGCAGUGAUGUACAGAUUGCUGAGUCAGCAAUGUAUGCAUCGUCUAGCAGUGGCGGUAGCAGCAUCACGCAUAGCAUUUCAUCAAGUAACCUGGGACAGAUGCAAUUCGACAGUGCGUUCUACCCUGCUCCUCACAGAAGUCAGAUGCGACUGCAAAGCAGGCGAUCGCAAUCUAGAGAAGACCUCAUUUCUUCACUUUCUGACCCGACCCAUAUUUGAUUUGGUUUUAUUCAUUAACAAUAAAUAUUAUUAUAGUAAAAGGGUUGUAAAGUGGUCUGAUUGGCUGGGCUGCAAGAAGAUUUUGUACAAUUGGUACAUAGCGGUCAGGUAGAACAAGCACUCAUUUGUGCAAUAUUUUUUGUUCAGGUGGACUUAUUAGACCAGAAUCUAUACUUUAUUUUCUUUGAUUAUACAAUUUCUAUAUAA